AUGAUCUCUACAGCACCUCUCUAUAGCGGGGUGCACAACUGGACCAGCACAGAGCGGAUUCGCAUGUGUGGCCUCAACGAGGAGAGGAGAGCCCCCCUUUCUGAUGAGGAGUCUAAAACGAGCAGCUCCCAGCACUUGGGGUCUCAAGAGUUUUGCGUCAGCAGCAGCCUUUCCAAGGUGGAGCUCACGGCAGUCAGCGGUGGUGGCAGUGGUGCCCAGGGGCUGGAUGCUGAUGGCAAGGUGGAGGAAAAGCUUGGGCCCAAACUGGAAGAGCAGCCGCCUGAUCCCAACCCAAACCCGGAGUGUGCGGGAAAGACUGUGAAAGAUGAUGCCCCGGGCCCUCUGGCAAGCCAGGGGGAUGGCAGAGGGCAGGAGCCCGCAACCCCCAGAGCUGCGGAGCAGGAGAGCAGUGGUGCUGAUGCUGCCUGGACACCUGCAGAUCCUCAGAGCGAGAAGCCGGCGGACGCUCCUCCAGCCUGCUCCGUGGCUCCAGAGAGCGAGCCUGCUGGGAAGGAGAAAACCACCCCAAGCGCCGGAGCACAAGGGCCAGGCGUGCUGGCAGAAGGGACAUUGUCUGUGGUUGUCUCCAGCUGCAACACCUCUGCCUCCACUCCCGCUACUUUUACUUUGAACAGAGUGUGCUUUCCCACAUCUCAGGCCCCUGCUAUGCAAAAAAUGCCCCUGUCCUUUCAGGCUGGGGCGGUUCUGAGCCCCAGCCAGUCGCUGGUGUACAUCCCACCACCCAGCUGCGGGCAGCCGCUCAGCGUGGCUACGCUUCCAGCCACCCUGGGGGUCUCCUCCACACUCACCCUCCCCGUCCUACCUUCCUACCUACACGAGCGUUGCCUGCCGGGCAUUAUCGCUUCCCCAGAGCUACGCUCCUACCCCUACACCUUCUCCGUCACCAGACCCUUGGCUUCAGACGCCAAAGUGGUGUCUGUGGAGGUGAAUCAGCUUAGCUGCCCUUCGCCCUCAGGCGGAAGCGGUGCCCAGGCUGCUGCCGAGGGCGCUCCCCCAUCCACCGCUGGCCCUUCCCUCUCAUCCAGCCAGGCUCCGCUGGCAGCAUCGUGCGGGAGCGCUGCUCCCUCUUCCGGCACCGCUGCGCACGCCCGAGCCCCGGCAGCGCCCGAGCCCCACGCACCGGGGGCCGCCACUUCGCUCUCGCCUCUGAAGUCGCCUCCACAGCUAGAGCGUGAGAUGGUCUCCUCUCCCGAGUGCAGCGAGAUGCCUCUCGAUCUCUCCUCCAAGUCCAACCGUCAGAAACUGCCUCCACCCAGUCAACGCAAAACACCUCCCAUGCCCAUCCUCACGCCUGUGCACACCAGCGGCAAAGCGCUUCUCACCACCGUCCUGUCCAAGUCCCAGCGCGCAGCCCAGACUACGGGCAGCAGCGUCACCUCGUGUCUCGGCACCACCCCUCCCUUAGUCAUCUUCCCCGAGUUCCUGCGCAACGGCGAGCAGGGCUCCUGGGUGAAGAACACCACGCUCAUCAGCACCAUUCCAGGCACCUACGUCGGCGUCGCCAACCCGGUGCCUGCCUCGCUGCUGCUCAGCAAGGACCCCGGUGUGAGCUUCAGCAGGGACCCCCGCCACCUGCCCAAGCAGGAGCCUAUUUCUAUCAUCGAUCAGGGAGAGCCUCGCGGCGCCAGCGUUCCCUGUGGGAAGAAAGCCAACCAGGUCAGCGCAGAAGGACAGCAGGAUCCUGCCAGGAGACUUCUUCAUGGCAGAGUUGCUCCAGGAGCUCCUUUGUGUCAGUCCAAGGACAUCUCCACCUGGAACCCCGGCCAGGGAAGCGUGUACCCGCGAUGCCCUGUGAAUGGAAAACCUUCCAAUCCUCAGCUUCUGCCUCUUGGCUGGUCUCCUUAUCAUCAGACCCCGCUGCUUUCAAUUGGCAUCUCCACCGCAGGGCAGCUGCCCCCGAACCAGAACAGCUCCUGCAAGCCAGCUGGUGCAGGUGAGCUCCCGACAUUCCCGAGCGUGCCGUCCACAGAGUCCAGCACGGCCGCCCAGAGCCUGCCAGAGGGGCUGCCCAGGCUCCCGCCGCAGGAGCGGGAAGCUGUGGCCAAGAGCAAGAGCUGCCGGGCCUUGCCCAAGCUCUAUGAGGAGCCGGCCAAUCCAGUCCCGCUGGAUGCAGGUCCAUCGCUUCAGACCAGCGCUUUGGAUGUGAAAGGGGGGAAGGGGAAGCUGGACAACCCUCAGAAGAGUCAAGAGUGUGAUCAGCCCGAAGCUGACUCCAGUAAGGAGGGCAGUGUACAGACUGAGGCUCCCCAGGGGAGCUGUAGCCUCAAACAGUUGGAUGCAAAGCCUAAAAACCAAGUGUUAGCGGCAUAUUUGUCGCAUGAUCUGCCCGCGGCCGGGCAGCAGAGCCUGCGAGUGAUUUCAGAGGUGCCUGCUGCGCCCACGGAGAGUCAACACAAGGAGCUGGGCUGCGAAGGCUCCCAGGAGCCGCCAGCUGCGGAGCCCGUCCAGUGCGUGCGUCAGGCGGAUCUGUGCAGGGUCAAGAAGGAGCGAGGGGAGUGUGACACGUCGUUUACUUCUGUGACUUGCCUGCGAGCCGGGACUGCUCCCCAGGCCUUUGCCGAGGUCAAGCUCAAAGGAGCGGGCCAAAUCAAGCAAGAGAGCAGCGUGCGCUGCAAGUCCAAGCGGCAGCAUGAUGGGGACGCCAGGCAGGCCCACAAGAGACUGAAGUGCCAAGCCCAGGACGGCGAGGAGUCCCCGGGCAAAUCGGGGAGCCGGAGCGUGCAUGGCCAGAAGUGGCGAAAACACCACGACAAUCCGCACGAACUCAGCAAGCGAGAAGGCCGAACCAGCCUGGGAUCAGUGAAGGAUCACACCAGCCUCAGGGUAAAGCGUAAGCGUAGGAGGCCAACGAAGACGGAGUUCCCAUCUCCGGCACACCGCGGGGACGGCCACGAGGAAGGUUACCUUGAGAAGAAGCCCAAGAACAACUUCCGGGAUUUCAUUCCGGUGGUGCUGAGCAGCCGGACGCGCAGUCAGUCGGGAAGCAUAGCUGGCUCUUCUGCUGGUGUGACGGGAGAGUGUGAUGUGACUGGUCAGGAGAUUUUACCGUUGCUGGAGGAGGAUCAGGAAGAAGAGGAGGAGGAAGAAGAGGAGGAGACAUCCUUGAAACGUCGCAAGCUGCGAAAAUCCCACAGGACGUCCCGCUAUCACAGUCGCAGGGCCAGGGACAGGUCUCUGUCCGAGAGGAGCAGCUGUUACACAAGGAGGACCCGGGAGCUGCCCUGGAGAGUGGAAUCACCCAGGCAGCUGUGGGAGCCCAACGAGGAGGAGGAAGAUGACAGCCACAUCAAAAGGAAGAAAAGGAGACGACAGAAAAGUCGGAAAUACCAGACAGGGGAGUAUUUGACUGAGCGAGAGGAGGAGCGAGGGGGCUACCCCCACAGGAGGCGAAAAUCCAAAGCAGAUUUUAGGUAUCGGAAGCAGAAGGAGGCUGGGCAGGGCAAAGGCACAGAGCUGCGGCUGAGGAGCAGGCUUUCCCCAUCCCCCCGAAAAUCUCAAGGGCGCCCAGACUUUCGGAAUGGCUUCUUCCUGGAGCACUCAGACAGCUCUCCUGUCCAAGAAGAGCUAGAGAAACCAUCAGGAAAACGCAAAUGUAAAACCAAGCACCUGGCAGGGAUCUGUGACGAGGGGAAGGACGUAGUGCUCUAUUGCCUGCAGAAAAAGAGCAGUGACGUGAACCAUCGUGACAACGCAGGCUACACAGCUCUGCACGAAGCCUGUGCGCGAGGCUGGAUCGACAUCCUCCACAUUCUGCUAGAGCACGGCGCCAACGUGAACUGCAGCGCGCAGGAUGGCACAAGGCCUGUCCACGACGCAGUAGCAAAUGACAACCUGGAAACCAUGUGGCUUCUACUCUCCUAUGGUGCUGAUCCCACUCUGGCCACUUACUCUGGGCAGACAGCAGUGAAGCUUGCCACCAGUGAAGUGAUGAAACGCUUCCUCUGCGAUUACCUUUCGGAUCUGCAGGGGCGGACUGAUGGAGAUCCUCGAACAGCAUGGGACUUCUACAGCAGCUCGGUACUAGAGGGGAAAGAUACCAUUGGAUGCGAUCUUCUGCUCAACCCUCCGGGAAGUUCAGACCAGGAGGAAGAGGAGCAAGAAGCAGACAACUUCAUGUUUGAGUUCUCAGACAAGCCACUGCUUCCCAGCUACAACCUCCAAGUGUCAGUCUCUCGGGGGCCCUGCAACUGGUUCCUCUUCUCCGACGUCCUCAAGCGGCUGAAGCUGUCCUCCCGCAUAUUCCAGGCCCGCUUCCCGCACUUCGAGAUCGCCACGCUGCCCAAGGCGGAGUUCCAGCGCCAGGUCUCUCUCAGCCAGGUGCUGGCGCAGGAGGAGGUGCAGGAGAGCCCCGAGCCGGCGCAGGGCGCGGCAGAGACAGUGGAGCUGGUGCACUACGAGCCCGAGCUGCUGCAGCUGCUGGGCUCGGCGGUGGAGUACGAGGCCUGGAGCAGCUGA